AUGUCAUCCGCAUCAAGACCUUCAACACCACCGCAUCAUCCAAACUUUGGUGUGCGCAUGUCCCGCGAGGACAUCGGCCGUUUAGUGCGCCAUAUACUCCCCGACACUACCGACGUAGAAGUUGAGGCUCUUCCAUCUCUGAAGUCCUUCAACAACCGAAUCUAUUAUCUCAAAUGUCACAAAGGAUCCCAAACUGUUGACGAUGCAGUCCAUGUCGAUGAGCUUGUUCUCAAGAUCAAUGGUCGAGGUUUUGGGUCGGAGAAGAUUGAGAGUGAAGUUUCUUGUCUCCUCAUGUUGGAGCACUUUUGCCCCGAGAUUCCAGCGCCUCGUGUGGUAGCUUGGUCUCAAGAUGGAUUGACUAUCGACACCAAGGACUCGCAUAGCGGUAGUCUGAAGCUCAACGGUGCAGAUGAGAGUCUGAACGGCUGGAUAUUGAUGACAAGAGUACUGGGAAAACCCAUUGACUUAUCUACGCUCGGCAAUGACGACAAGCUUCACCUGGCGACACAAUUGGCAGAUUAUGUCAACAAUUGGCGGCGAAAUCUCCCUCCUCAGACCUUUGCUGGGAAUAUUUCCUUUCAUCAGAUGGGUUGCCAGCCAGACAUCAAAAUCCCAAGCUCGGAUAGUGCCAGGGAAAUGCAGUUUCUUGUCAGAGGCAUGCUUGGAGAAGAGCUCCAUUGUCAAGAUGGCAUCGCCUCCCUCGCCGAGUAUUAUAAACUCAGAAUUCACAACAAGAUGAAGACUUUGGAAACGAACGAGACCUUUGCGCCCAACAGAGUCCUCAUGCAGUCUCUGGAGACAUUCAUACAGCAAGGCCUCCCUGCCCUCAGGGCGUUGAACACCAAAGGCGACUCUUUUGUAUUCACCCACUACGACCUAUCCCCACGAAACAUUCUCAUAUCUGGCCAGCCUCCCCAGAUCACCGGCAUCGUGGACUUUGAGUUCUCUGGCUUCUUUCCACCGCUCGAUGAGUUCCUGAAUGACUGCAUCGCCAACGAUGGCGACUGGACCAAAGAUAUGUACGAGGUGUAUUUGAAGCGACUGGAGAGUAAUGGUAUACCAACACCCUUGGAAGGAAUCGAAAAGGAUCAUUGGGAACAGAUGGCGUUGUUGGAAGAAUUGGUUGAGAAGAUUGCUCCUUGGUGGUUGCCUGGUAAGUUUCAAGGUGAACAGCUGGAGCAAGAGUUGAACAAGGUCAAGGCACGAGUUGGGGAGAUAGUAUCCGUCUCAUUCAUUUCGCGAUCCGUACGCCACUAUGAAGAGCGCAUUCCUUAUGCUCGCUGCCCUUGUGGCCUCUCUUGUCUGCCUCUUUUGAGCGAUAGCACUGGAUACAACCUCUUCUCCUCCAAUCCACCGCCCGGGAACUCCGAGUUCGCGGUCGCGAACAGCUACAUCUCUCGCGUCAUGUUUGCUCCUUUGGAAGAGCUGCCCAUGACCUACGGUAGCAUGACGUCUCCUCAGGAUUCCGCGACAACCAGCACCCACCAAGAUCUCUGUUCCACGGACGACGGCAAACUCCAACCCGAACCAAGCAGCGCCAAGAAGUCCCUCGAGGACCAAGUUGAUGAUCUGCUUGCGAUUUUGCGAGAUAUCCGGUCGUUUGUCAUGCCUGCUUUCCCCGGCGCUGGGCGAAUCGUCAUCGUUAUCUCUAUCUUUUCUCUCUUGCAGGAACGGAUCGCCGCUGCCUGUGUUGUUGCAGAAGGCCGCCUAGAUCCACCACCGAGUCGAUGCUGGAUUGGCAGCGAUUGUGGUCGUCUUGAUCUUGCUCCGGCGACACGAUACACUGGCUACAACCAUACAUAUGAGCCUCCAAGUCCCACAGAUUUUGGUAUUUGGCCUAAUGCCUCCUGGGGAGGUCGAAUUGUUCAAGAUCGUGACAACAAGCGACUAUUCCAUCUUUUCACGGUGCAGUUCAGUCACGGAUGCGGUCUGAAGGGUUGGCGCCCUCAUUCUUACAUCAUCCGGGCCGAAUCGCAUAACGGGCCUCAAGGGCCAUACAAGUAUGCUCAAGAUGUAUCGAAGAACUUCGCGCAUAAUCCAGAUAUUGUCUGGAGCCCGGCUGAUAAGAAGUACUUGUUAUACAGCAUUGGGGUAGAAUAUGAUAAGAAGGUCACGAAGUGCGAAAGCAUCAGCUAUACGAGAUGGCCCAACAAUAUUUCUGUUUCAGCUGCUGAUGAUAUUCGUGGUCCAUGGUCGCCAUUCAAGAUGGUCCUGGAUAGUGACCCCCCAGCAGGUAUUCACGCUACCAACCCCUCGGCUCUCCCUCUCUGGACACGCAACAACGCAACCAGCGAAAUAGUGCUCGGUAUCAAAGACUAUUCAAUCUUCACUGCCAAGGGUUGGGAUGGCGACUAUAAGCUCAAAUAUCAAGCAACAUGGAACGUCACAGAGCAAGAGAACCCAGAAUGGACCGAAGACCCGUUCAUAUGGCGCGACAAGCGGGGAAACUGGCACUCCAUAAACCACUGGAUGAUAGACUACGUUGAGAACGAUAAACAACAAUGGCCCCGUGUUGGAUCCCAUCUCUUUUCACGGAAACUCACAGGGCCGUGGCAUUUCAAGCUCCAAGAGGCUUUUAGUUCCAAUGUCACUUUUACUGAUGGAUCGUGGCAGGUGUUCCAAAGAAGGGAGAGGCCGAAGCUGUUCUUUAGUGAUGACGAAGAGAUGACGCCGGUGUAUUUGACUAAUGGGGUACAGGAGAUGAAUCAGACUGGUGCGGCUUUUACGCUUGUUCAGCCGAUUGGUACGAAGUGGAAGAAGUUUGAGAAGGAUUUGGGUUUCUGA